GUUCCGAAGACUACAAAAUUCGUAUAUCUUUUUGGACUUUAUAGGCUUACGCUGGACGAGCGAAAUGAACUUUUUCGAAAAUAUAAAUAUUAUUAUCCAACAGUAAGACCUGCUGAGCCGCAAAACAGAGUGGCUAAUACAAAUGGAUCAUUCUUUGCAUUGAACGGUAAUCUACAGAUAAGGUCAACUUUACCUUCAACGAAUGAAAAAUCAUAUACAUGCUCAUAUACAUAUACAUGGAAUUUGUUUAAGGAACAUUUAUAUCUCGACUUCUUUCUGAUAAUAAAUUUCAACGAUGACCGCCUUAUUCUUCGAGAAUUGAAAUAUCGCUUUCAAAUACCGCCUGAAUUUAGGCCGUGGGUGCCGAAUAUUUCAACAAUUCCCAACUAUCCUUUUCAAAUCUCAAAUUUUCUCGAUCCACGAAAUGGCGAGAUUAUUAUGCUGAACAAGUAG